GCGCAAAAGGCGGAGAUCCAUAGAAGUCCCUGCGACACCGAGACGGGUAGCGAGGGGAGAAAUUCGCUUUCGCUUUCGCUCCCCCGGCUCUGAGGGAGAAGAAGAGGCAGGGGCGGCGGCGGAGGCCUCCUCACUCUCCCUUCCUCCGAAUAGAUUUGUCACUGUGGAUACAAUAACAACCUGGCACUGAGAUUGCUGCUUCCAGAUUAGACAGUUACCUUGAAGAAGCUGAAAAUGUUUCUAUUGGUAGUCAUUUUAAGUCUUUUUCCGUUUUUGGGCUGUAAUCUCAAUAGUCAAACAACAGAUUCAUCCCCUGGAGAUGGAAGUAAUAAAUUUCCUUGGAAUAAAAUUAGGCUUCCCAAGCAUGCCAUCCCAAUUCGUUAUGAUCUUCUUAUUCAUCCAAAUCUCACCACUUUAACUUUUACUGGAUUGGCCAAAAUAGAAAUUAUGGUAACUGAACAAACUAGCUCAGUCAUCCUGCACAGCAAAUAUCUUCAGAUCACCAAAGCUACCAUCCAAGGAGCAACAGGAAGCCGUGAUGCUGAUAAAGAAGUGACUGUUUUAGAAUACCCACCAUAUGAACAGAUUGCACUUGUUGCUACUGAACCACUCCAAAUUGAACACAAGUACAUUAUUAGCAUUGAGUAUUCUGCUAAUCUCUCAGACAGUUUUCAUGGAUUCUAUAAAAGCUCAUAUAGAACUCCAGAAGGAGAAGUAAGGGUGCUUGCAUCAACACAGUUUGAACCAACAGCUGCACGUAUGGCUUUCCCUUGCUUUGAUGAGCCUGCAUUCAAAGCUAAAUUUUCUAUUAAGAUCAUAAGAGAACCGAAACAUCUUGCACUAUCCAAUAUGCCUCUUGUGAAAUCCGUAAACAUCGGCGGGCAGCUCCUUGAAGACCACUUUGAUGUCAGUGUAAAGAUGAGCACUUACCUAGUAGCCUUCAUUGUUUCAGAUUUCAAAUCCGUUUCCAAGAUGACUACCCGUGGAAUUAAGGUUUCAGUAUAUGCUGUACCACACGUGAUCAAACAACUGGAUUAUGCCUUGGAUGCAGCAGUAAAACUGUUAGACUUCUAUGAGGGAUAUUUUAACAUCCCAUAUCCUCUGCCUAAGCAAGACCUAGCAGCUAUUCCCGAUUUUCAGUCUGGUGCAAUGGAAAAUUGGGGAUUGAUUACAUACAGGGAAUCUGCUUUGUUAUACGAUCCUGAAAAAUCCUCAGCAUCACGUAGACUUCGAGUUACCAUGGUUAUAGCCCAUGAACUUGCUCACCAGUGGUUUGGAAAUCUAGUCACCAUGGAAUGGUGGGAUGAUCUCUGGCUCAAUGAAGGAUUUGCAAAUUAUAUGGAAUAUCUGUCUGUAAAUGUUACCCACCCAGAACUGAAAGUUGAGGAUCAUUUUUUAAACAAUUAUUUUGCUGCUAUGGAUGUAGAUGCCUUAAAUUCUUCACAUCCUAUAUCAACCCCUGUUGAAGAUCCAGCUCAGAUUCAAGAAAUGUUUGAUAGUGUUUCCUAUGAUAAGGGUGCUUGUCUUCUAAAUAUGCUACUGCAUUAUCUCAGCCCAGAAGUGUUUAGAGCUGGCCUUAUAAAAUAUCUGUCACGAUUCAGCUAUCAGAAUACAGAAAACAAAGAUCUGUGGAACAGCUUGUCAGGUGCUUGCCCUGCUGGUGGAGGUCAAGGACAAAAUGAUGGGGUUUGUGCCAGAAGCCAGGAGACAAUCUCAACUUCCCACUGGACCAAAAAUGAGCUUCAUGAUGUGAAGACCAUGAUGGACACUUGGACACUGCAGAAAGGAUUCCCGAUGGUAACUGUGACAUUAAAAGGGAAGAAAGUCCAUGUACACCAAGAGCACUAUGUGAAGGCUUCUAGUUCUUCUGCACCAACCGGGAAUCUGUGGCAUGUUCCAUUAACGUAUAUUACCAGUAAAUGUGCUGAAGUUCAGAGGUUUUUGCUGACAACUAAAACAGGUGACAUCAUUCUCCCAGAAGAAGUGGAGUGGAUAAAAUUUAAUGUUGGAAUGAAUGGUUAUUAUAUUGUGCACUAUGGAGAUGAUGGAUGGGAUGCCCUAAUUCGUCUUUUGAAAGAAAACCAUAAAGUAAUUAGCAGCAAAGAUAGAGCAAGUCUCAUCAAUAGUGUAUUCCAGAUGGUGAGUGCUGAAAAGCUGUCAAUUACUAAAGCUCUUGAUUUAACACUAUACCUAAAACAUGAAACUGAAAUUACUCCUGUGCUUGAAGGAAUGGAUGAGCUGGUACCUUUGUACAAACUUCUAGAGCAGAGGGACAUGAGAGACAUAGAAAAUCAAUUAAAGGGAUACAUAGUCAAUCUACUGAAAAACAUGAUUGACAAACAGUCUUGGGACGAUUCUGGGACAGUGUCUGAGCGACUGCUUCGGAGCUCUCUUCUGGUGUUUGCCUGCGUACGAAAGUACCAACCGUGUGUGGACAAAGCAAAAGAGUUCUAUACAAAGUGGAAGGACUCCAAUGGAAAUUUACAUUUGCCCAAUGACAUCAAAUUUGCAGUAUAUGCUGUUGGAACACAGACGGACGAAGGCUGGGACUUCCUUUUCAGCAAAUACAAGCUGCCCGAAUUUAAUACUGAGAAAAACAUAAUUGAAGCUGUUCUCAGCCUAAGCCCAAAUAAGGAGAAGCUUGAAUGGUUAAUGGAGCAAGGUUUACAGGAUGACGUAAUAAAAAUGCAGGAUCUUCCAUAUAUUGUUGUAUCUGUUGGAAGGAACCAUGGUGGUUAUCAGUUAGCCUGGAAGUUUUUGAAGCAGAAUUGGCAGACAUUUGUAAAAAAGUUUGAUCUUGGUUCGAAUACUAUUGCACACUUGGUUUUUGGAGUGACAAAUCAAUAUUCAACAGAGGCACAACUUGCAGAAGUAAAAAGUUUCUUCAACUCCCAAGGGAAAAAAGUUUCAGAGCUCCGUGCUGUCCACCAAGCAAUAGAAACCAUUGAAGAAAAUAUUCAGUGGAUGGAUAAGAACCUUGAAAAAAUCAAGGAAUGGUUACACACCAAUAGCAGAAUAUGAAACUGCAUGAAGUAUGAUUUCAGAAGACUAACUUUGCGCUGGAAGACUGCUCCUUUGCCUUAACGGGAAAAAGCAACAACCAUGUUAUUGGCUGGAAUGCUGAGGUCACGUAACAAACACCGUGAAUAAAUAUUUGAAAUAAAACACAGCCAUUUAAGUAAAACAAAGCUUGAAAUCAAUGUGUUUAUCAUGAAUAAGGAAGUGGAGAGACACACAUUUGAGAGGGCUAAAAAAACUAUACAGGAGACACAUGAAUGGCUUUUCUGAAGUUUUGUUUUUAUUUUCAUGCAUCCCUGGAGAGAGCCAGCAUUUGAUCAUAACAGGGGAGCUGAAUGCUCUCUUCCUUCAAUUGUUUGAUUAAAGCGCUACCUCUCUGUGAAAGAUGCUGUCAGUUCGAGAGAGGGGGAGGAAUACAGGUAUUCGUUUUCUACACACAAAUGCACGCCAUCUACCACUAGGAGGCCCACAAUUCUAGAUUGGGAAAAAUGCAGGGAGGGAGAAAGAGUUGAGCAUCCCAAUCUUCCUCUGUGCUACAGAUGUUGGACAUACCAUGUAACACAUAGUUUGGCACUUAAAAUGAAUGGCUACAUUCAUGAUCACUGCACAGUGAUUAUAGUCAUAAGAUGACUUAUGUACAUGAUCUGUGAUGGCUAUUUAUGGCAUACAUCGUUCAACGCAGCCUCCAGUACAACUGCAUGUGUAACUGGCCUUCAAACUGGGUGUUUAUUUUCACCAUUCAAUCACAAUUUUUCUACACUUGAACACAGCUCUGAUCAUUAAUCAGUUAGGAUUUAACAAAGGUGAAACAGGGUGCGUAAUCAUGUUGUACAAGAGCCUAACAAAGGGGACAGCGAGCAGUUUACAUUUACAGGGAAAUGACAGUGGGUCUAAGGUCCUACAAAACAGAUGCUUUGUGGCUAAAAUGCCACAAAUUAGGGGGAAGUCAUAUAAAUAUUGGUCCUCAGUUUGGCACUCGCAUAACAUACUGUGAGAGGGUUGGAAUAUACCAUGAGGGUAUGUGCACUAUACCUCUUAGGAGAAGAACAUGCCUACCCAGAAUUCUCCUACUCAUGUUCCCACCUCUCUUCAUUCCCUCCCCUAUUCUCAAAUCCUUCCAAGAGUGCACAACAACAGCUUUGUGAAGGUUUGUAUUCCAGCGAUGGUGGAAAAGGAGGACAAGAUA